AUGGCAUCACUCAAGUACAUGUCAGGAUUCAGCAAUGAGUUUUCUUCAGAAGAUCCAAGCUGUCCUGGAUCCUUACCAAAGGGUCAGAACAAUCCACAGGUUUGUCCAUAUGGGUUGUAUGCUGAGCAGCUCUCUGGUUCAGCUUUCACCUGUCCAAGAUACAGCAAUAAGAGGAGUUGGCUUUAUCGUAUUUUACCUUCUGUUCUUCACAAGCCCUUCACUUCCAUACCCCAAGGAAACCUGACCUACAACUGGGAUGAAAUCGGCCCUGAUCCCAACCAGCUCAGAUGGCUGCCAUUUAAAAUCCACAAAACUACAGAGAAGAGGGUCGACUUUGUAAAAGGUUUACAUACAUUAUGUGGAGCCGGAGACAUCAGGUCCCAAAGUGGCUUGGCUAUCCAUAUCUAUGCCUGCAACACAUCAAUGGAGAAUAAGAGUUUUUAUAACUCAGAUGGGGAUUUCCUUCUAGUGCCCCAAAAAGGGAACCUGUUGAUUACAACAGAAUUUGGCAAGAUGCUGGUUGAACCUAAUGAGAUUUGUGUCAUUCAGCGAGGGAUGCAUUUCAGUGUGCAGGUUUUCGAAGAGACGAGAGGUUACAUCUUGGAGGUCUUUGCAGGCCAUUUUGAGUUGCCCGAUCUUGGACCAAUUGGGGCCAAUGGCCUUGCCAAUCCCAGAGAUUUCAAGGUUCCAGUUGCAUGGUAUGAAAAUCGACAGGUUCCAGCUGGCUUCACUGUCAUCAGCAAGUUCCAGGGCAAGUUAUUUGGUGCUCAGCAGGACUUCUCUCCGUUUAAUGUUGUGGCCUGGCAUGGAAACUAUACACCCUACAAGUACAAUCUGCAGGACUUUAUGGUCAUUAAUUCUGUUUCAUUUGAUCAUGCUGAUCCUUCGAUUUUCACAGUGUUAACUGCUAAGUCGACCCGUCCAGGUGUGGCAAUCGCAGACUUUGUGAUCUUUCCACCACGCUGGGGAGUGGCUGACCACACAUUCAGGCCCCCUUACUACCAUCGCAACUGUAUGAGUGAAUUUAUGGGGCUGAUUAAAGGUCAUUAUGAGGCGAAAGAGGAGGGUUUUAUGCCUGGUGGAGGUAGUCUGCAUAGUAUUAUGACUCCACACGGGCCAGAUGCAGAAUGCUUUGAGAAAGCAAGCAAAGCAGAACUCGAACCAGAACGAGUAGCUGACGGAACAAUGGCAUUUAUGUUCGAGUCCUCAUUUAACAUGACUGUCACCAAAUGGGGCCUGGAGGCCUGCAGUUGCCUGGACAAAAGCUACUCAAAAUGUUGGCAGCCACUGAAAAGUCAUUUUAAUCCCGACUGGAAGCCAAAUGACAAGUGA